UUUCUGAAGGGAAAAAUAAAAGGAAAUAAAGAAUCGAAGUAUUGAAGACACAACCAUCUCUCUUCCUCCCUUGGAUCCUUCCCCCGAUAAAAAAGCAUUCUCAGGUCUCGAAUCUCCCCCAUUCUCUCUUUCUCUGAGAGAACCAGAGAGGUCAUGAAAGAUAGAGUUCGUUCUGCAACUUCUGUCUUCUAUUUUCUUGCUCUGCUCUUCAUGGCUGUCUCUACUUUCUUCCACACCACCUCGACAGAAAAGCAGCAGCAUCCCAAAUGCAAGCGGAAGCAGCAGAAGAAACUCUCAUCCUGGGACCAAAUUAAGAGCCUCCUCACAUGUAAACAGAUCGUCGGAUCACGAGUACACGACCCAUCCAGGAACGUAGGUGGGUACUUGAAAUUGGGAGCUUCCUGUAGUUCUAUCUGUAGCUUCAAAGACGUUGUUCAUGGGAACACGAGGGUGGUGCACAGAGCUGACAACUCCCCGGAGAGUAGCAGCCUGGGCCAGGAAACUGCACUUCUUAGCCGGAAAGCAGUGACUGCAUCGUCCAACCGAUCAUCGUCGGGUUCAAUGAGAUCGAGCGGUGGUGGAGCUUAUUCAUCUUCGUCCAGGGGAAAGCAAUUGAUAAAGCUUUCCGGGUGUUACGAGUGUCACAUGAUCGUCGAUCCUGCUAGGAUUCCAUCUUCGAGGUCUACUAUCUGUGCUUGCCCCGACUGUGGAGAGGUCUUCCCGAAGAUCGAAAGCUUGGAACUUCACCAGAGCAUAAGACAUGCUGUAACGGAGCUGGGACCUGAAGACUCUGGCCGUAACAUUGUAGAGAUAAUCUUCAAGUCGAGCUGGCUCAAGAAGGAUAAUCCAAUCUGCAAGAUCGAACGGAUACUGAAGGUCCACAACACACAAAGGACAAUCCAACGGUUCGAAGACUGCCGUGACGCAGUCAAGGCACGUGUGAGCAACAGCACGAAGAAAAAUCCCAGGUGCGCAGCGGACGGCAACGAAUUGCUCAGGUUCCACUGCACGACGCUAACGUGCGAGCUGGGAGCACGCGGGAGUACCAGCCUAUGCGGCUGCAUACCGGGCUGUGGUGUGUGCACAAUAAUCCGGCACGGGUUCCCGGGGAAGGUGCACGAUAGCAAGGGGGUGCGCACUACCGCCAGUAGUGGGAAGGCGCACGACAGUUUGGGCAGUGUGGAGGGGAGGAGAGCGAUGCUGGUGUGUCGGGUUAUAGCAGGGAGGGUGAAGCGCAUUGCGGAUGAUGCGCCGGCAGACGAAGAAAGCAUGUCUACCGCCACGUACGAAUGCGACUCUGUUGCUGGAUACGCUGGUGUUUACACGAAUCACGAGGAGCUUUUCAUUUUCAAUCCAAGGGCUAUCCUUCCUUGUUUCGUGGUUAUAUACAAAGCCCUUAACUAAUGUGAAAGAAAGUAGUAGAGGGUUUAGGGUUAGCUGAGCUGCGCUGACCUAACUCUUGUUUGUACAUAAUGGAUUUUGUUAUACGUUUUCACAUCGUAACAAAAUUCCAUGACGACAGUAUUGGGCUUCCGAGAUUUGUCUUGGCCCAUCUGCUCAGAACCCUUGGGCGUGUUAAGGAGUUGGUAGUAAUAAAGAACCCGACCACUUCACUAAUCUAAGUGAUGAUGUGGGUUUUGUGAAAUAUAUAAGUCAGGAAUCAGGAUGGGCCGAUUGGGCCAUUGACAAACGAGCAUUUGUUACGUUUUUUAUUAUGUCAGUUAAUUCUGUAACAUAUAUUAAAAUUAUCUAGUGCUGGAGGUGAAGGUUUA